AUGGAGAUCGCUCCUCCUUCACCAUCUCAUGUUGUUAUUGCAUUCGAUGCAACUAAGGAUCAUAAUGAACGCGAGCUUAGAAUUACCAUCGAUAACGUACGUGUAAGAGGUGACAUUCUACGUGUUGGGGAUACGCUUCUUAUGCUUGGGGUUUUGCAUCGAGUCACUCACCCUAUGGGUUACCAGAGCAAGGCAUGCCCAGAAUUUUUCGGAACAAGUAUUCGUGCCAUGGAGGAGGAAGUCUCAAAGAAGGUUGAUGCUUAUGUUAAUAUGCUCCACCAAAGUGCUGAAGACUGUGAAGACCAAGGGGUGAGCAUUGUAGUUAAAAUUACAGCUGGAAAUCCCAUAAAGAAUGUUAUUCUACAAGAGGUGCUAACCUCAAAGGCAGCAUGGGUUAUACUUGAUCGGCACCUUAGACGGGACUUGAAGUUAUAUGCGAAACAGAUACCUUGCAAGGUUGCAUUAGUUCAAGAUAGCUUUAACGUGGAGGUUUUGAGAAAUUAUACUAUCCGCGAAACAGAUGCUGUAGGACACAAGGUGUUCAAUUCCAUGUCCAAGCCUGUACCCUUAUUGAACGUACACGGUAGUGAUAACAUGGAUCAUUCAGAAUCCUCUUGCCGAAACAACUCCUUGUCCAUUACUUCCUUAGACCACUUCAAGAUUGGCCACUCGAUGCCUUCAUUUACAUUAAAAUCACAGCAGAAUAAUUUUUCAUCGGAUUUUGGGUCUUCCUUUAAGCAGGACAAAUCAGAUACACAUUCCAAAGGAGAAGAUAAGCGACCUACUGCUUUAAAUAUUAUCCAAAAGCAACAAAGAAGUGCCUUCCGCCAUAAAUACUCUGGAGCACGUCUUCUCUGUGCUGCUUGUGGGAUAACGACUGAACUGAAUAUCCAAGAUUCUACGAGAUUCACUUAUUCUGAGAUUCAACAAGCCACUGAUGAAUUUGCUAAGGAGAACUUGCUAGGAGAAGGUGGAUAUGGUCAUGUAUAUAAGGGUAAGCUUAAGGAUGGACAGCUGAUUGCAGCAAAGGUACGGAAAGAAGAAAGUACCCAAGGAUUUGAUGAAUUUAAUUCUGAGGUAUCUGUCUUAAGUUUCGCUCGUCAUAAGAACAUUGUGAUGCUGCUGGGUUAUUGUUGCAAGGAGAACCUUAACAUUUUGGUAUACGAGUAUAUAUGCAACAAGUCUCUUCACUGGCAUUUAUUUGAUAAUAAGGAAAAUGUGCUUGACUGGCACCAAAGACGUGCUAUUGCCAUUGGCACUGCAAAGGGUUUGCGUUUCCUACAUGAAGAAUGUCGCGGUGGUCCUAUAAUUCAUAGGGACAUGCGUCCAAGCAAUAUACUGCUCACACAUGACUUAGUUCCAAUGCUAGGUGACUUUGGUCUUGCUAGAUGGAAGAUAAAUGAUGAUACUCUACAGACAAAAAUUCUUGGUACAUUAGGAUACCUUGCUCCGGAGUAUGCAGAGAACGGAUUUGUUUCAGUGAGGACAGAUGUCUAUGCAUUUGGGAUAGUUCUGCUACAACUAAUAUCAGGACGCAAAGUAAUUAAUCUGGAAAGGGAAGGACAAAAUGUAUCUCUGCGACAGUGGGCAGAACCACUGAUCGAAAAGCUUGCACUACAUGAGCUCAUUGAUCCUCGUAUAGGAGAGUCAUAUGACACAUAUCAACUGUACCUCAUGGCUAAGACAGCUUACAUAUGCGUGCAACAGAGCCCUGAAAUGAGGCCAUCAAUGGGGGAGGUUUUGCGCCUUCUUGAAGGAGAAAGCGAUAAUUUUCACCGCUUGAAGGAAAAGUCCGUGCCUCAUUAUACAAAGCGAUGAAGAAGAAUUACUUUUCUUUUUUUUU